ACACUAAGUUUAUACUAAUCUAAGAAAUAGAAGAAAUCUGAGGACCAAGCUAUGCAGAAGUAGCCCACGAACCAGACAGGCAGAGGGACCCAGCAGAGACUGGCAGAGCCUUUUAGUCAUCACAUUCCACUAGAAACUCCCAGAUGAAACCAGAUGAAAAAGCACUUCAACAAUGCCCCUAAACAACUGCUGGAACCACAAACUCAGAAACACGGCAAGAGAUCAUAAUUGAAAUAUGGCUCAGAGUGACUUCCUCUACCCAGAGAACCCACGGAGGCGGCAGGAAGUAACCCGUCUUCACCAGCAGCUCCUUGACUGCUUAUCUGACAGCUUCCAGGCCACCAAUAAGCUCAUAGAUGUCUUGAACGUGCACUUGGGCUGCAGGCUGGCCUCCAUUGAAAUGAAAAGAGAUGGUACCAUAAAAGAAAACUGUGAUAUCAUCAUCUAUGCUGUGACAAAAAUCCAAAAGGAACUGCAAAAGGUUGAUGAAGCACUAAAAGAUAAACUAGAGCCAACCCUUUAUAGAAAACUUCAAGAUAUUAAGGAACGGGAAACAGAGAAAAUUGCAAUAGUACAAAAGGUUAUUUCAGUCAUCCUGGGAGAAGCCACCUCCGCAGCCAGUGCUGUGGCUGUUAAACUCGUAGGCUCGAACAUCACAACUGGCAUAAUUAACAAGUUGGUCACUGUGUUAGCUCAAAUUGGCACUUCUCUCCUUGGUAGUAUUGGAGUUGCUGUUCUUGGCCUUGGCAUAGAUAUGAUCUUCCGUGCUAUCCUGGGAGCAGUGGAGAAAACACAGCUUCAAACAGCCAUCAAAAGCUAUGAGAAGCAUCUGGUGGAGUUCAAGUCAGCCUCAGAAAAAUAUAAUAAUGCCAUCAUUGAGGUCACCAAUACAGUGGAAUACCAAAUGAAAUGAACAGUCGUUUUACUUGUCAAUGGAAUGUUCUGCUUCCUUCUAAAUAACAGUGUUUGCUUUUUUGACUAGGUUCCUUUUCCACAUGCUUCCAAUAUGGACAUAAAUAGGGUAAACAAUUUAGAAAAGAAACUGGAGAUGCUAAAACUAGAUGACUCUUGAGUUGUGUAUUAACAAUGAAUACCUGGAUCUGUUGGUGCUAAAGCCUUCCAGAUAAAAGAUUAUAUCCCAGAAUGCUUUCUAACUCUCUUCUACAAAUCUACAUUAGGGUAAAUGCUAUUAUACAGCAGGGGGUGUAGGGAUUACUUCUAAAUUCCUGUUAUAAUCCUUAAAACGUAAAUCAAAUGUAGAGAUUUUCAUUUCUAUCAUCAGCUUCUAACAACACUUAGUUCUAAAGAAAUAUUCUUGCCAGGCAUGGUGAUGUACAUCUGUAAUCCCUGCACUGAGGAGGCUGAGGCAGGAGGAUCACCAAGUGUUUGAGGCCAGCCUGUAUAGCUACAUAGUGAGUUCAAGGACAGCCUGAAACUACAUAGGGAGACCCUG